AUGGCGACAGAAGGAGUAGAUCUCAAAUCUAAUAUGGGUUUAUUUUUAAUGAUGUUCUACUUAUGUUGUGGGUUUAUUUGUUUGUCACAAGGAAUACCGUUGCAAAGUAGUUAUUAUAAGUACUCCCGAAUUGUGAUACCGCCACCAAACCUGCAGAAUUCUUUAAGGGAAGAUCAUGAUGUGUUCAACAUAGUCUCGUAUGGGGCCGUCGGGGAUGGCUUAACAGAUGAUACACAAGCUUUUAAAUCUGCUUGGGAAGCUGCUUGUACUGCAGAUCAUGCAUCAACCAUUAUUGCUCCUUCCGGAUAUACCUUCUUGCUUCAUCCCUUUGUUUUCACUGGUCCUUGCAAAACUCAUCUUGUUUUUCAGGUUGAUGGAAAGAUCAUAGCACCAGAUGGACCAGAGUCAUGGCCUAAAGAAAUCAGCAAAAAAUUAUGGAUAAUCUUUCAAAAAACCCAUGGAUUAACAGUUCAAGGUCAUGGCCUUAUUGAUGGUAGUGGACAUAAGUGGUGGGAUCUCCCUUGUAAACCUCAUCAUCAUAAUCAGAAAACUAAAAAGCAUGAAAAUUGUGACAGCCCAAUCGCUAUAAGGUUUUUAGAGGGAAAAAAUUUAACACUCACAGGAAUAAACAUCAUGAAUAGCCCACAAUUUCAUAUCCGUUUUGAUCAUUGUCAACAUGUUACCGUGGAUUCAAUAUCUAUAAACUCCCCGGCAAACAGUCCCAACACAGAUGGAAUUCACAUAGGGAAUUCAACUGAUGUGAUCAUUCACAAUUCGGUCAUAUCCAAUGGUGAUGAUUGUAUAUCAAUUGGAGCUGGUAGUCAUGAUCUUGACAUCAGAAAUAUGACUUGUGGUUCUGGUCACGGUAUAAGUAUUGGGAGUUUAGGAGAUCAUGAUACAAAGGCAUGUGUAUCCAACAUCACCGUUAGCAAUUGCACAAUCAAACACUCCGACAACGGGGUCCGAAUCAAGACAUGGCAAGGCGGAUUUGGGUCCGUUUCAGCAGUAACCUUUGAUGGGAUCCAAAUGGAUACGGUUCGAAACCCGAUCAUAAUAAACCAGUAUUAUUGUCUCUCUUCAAGCUGCUCCAACAAAACCUCUGCGGUUUUAAUUGAUACCAUCACAUAUUCAAACAUCUAUGGAACUUACGAUCCAAAAGAUCCACCAGUUCACUUGGCAUGCAGUGAGUCCGUACCAUGCUCCAACAUUACCCUUUCGGGUCUGGAUCUCCGACCCGCGGAAUCCAAGAGUCGAGUAGAACCUCUUUGUUGGAAUGCUUAUGGAAGUAUUUUGGGAGACUUUAAUAAUCCUUCUGUAGAUUGCUUGUUGGAGGGUUUACCAUUUUCAAAUGUUCCCAAUGACGGGCAAUGCUAGUACUUUACUAAAUAGCUAGACUUACUUCUUUGUUUAUUUUAUCGUAUAGGACAAUUAUUUUCUCAAAUUAGCUAGAUGUUAAUCUUUAAUUGUUUUAGUUGGGGUCAUGAUUGUUAUUUGUUAGC